AUCAAACAUUUACAUGAGAAAGUUGACAAAGGCUGAAACAGCGGAGGAGGCCUCGCAACAAAGAGGCCCAUUUAUCGGGUACAGUCAGGGAGAGGGACACGGAGAGGGAGGGUAGGAGGAGAAACUGGGAGGAGAGUUGAAUUAAUGAAUUAAAAAUGUCGUGAAACAGCGGCUGACUGAAUACUUAUACAGAGAGGCAUGUAGUGGGGGGUCCUGGAGGAGUGGACAGCAUCAGCGUCUUAAACGUCUCCCACUCUGUCCCACAUGCAAGAAGAAGAAGAAGAGGUGCAAACUGUGCUCAUCUGAUUACAUAAUGACCCAGUAACAGUGAGCCAGAACCGGUGCCACCAGUACCAGUGUCCUGAGGGAGACGCUGACCGACCGACCGCCCGCUCGUCCAGGGGUCCAUGUUUUUCUUCUGAGGGUUUUCCAAACAAACUCAGGGGACGACACACGGCAAAAGAAAACAAUGUGAUGUCAAAUGGAGAGAGUGAGAGAGCGAGAGAGUGAGAGAAGUGUCGUUUAAAAAGCCUGAAAUUACUCUCCCAACAAGUCAGACGUAGAGACAUUUUUUUUUUCCCUCCACAUGUUUGCUGAACAACGAAAUUAACUAGAUCUUCACGUUUUCCAAGCUGCGGUCGACAGGAAGUGCCAGCCAUGACCUCAGCCACUCCUCCCUCCUCAGAAGGCUCCUCCCCACAGAAAGUUUGCCACUCCCAGACACAGACAGACAUCACCAAGCCCCUACUGGGCCCCGCAAGUGUGGCCGGAGGGGCGGGUGCCGGUGGAGGAGGAGCCGGGGCUGGCGGGCCCUGUGCUCUGCGAAGAAGGCGACGUGUCCUCUCCAAAGAUGGGCGGAGCAACGUGCGUAUUGAGCACAUAAGUGGGCGGGGGGCGCUGUACCUCCGCGACCUAUGGACAACGUUCCUGGACAUGCAAUGGCGUUACAAGUUCUUCCUGUUCUCUGCCACCUUCGCCGGGACCUGGUUCCUGUUCGGAAUUCUCUGGUACCUGGUAGCGAUGGUGCAUGGAGACCUACUGGAGUUUGACCCGCCCUCCAACCACACGCCAUGUGUAAUGGAGGUGAAGACCCUGACGGGGGCCUUCCUCUUCUCCCUGGAGUCUCAGACCACGAUUGGCUAUGGUUUCCGGUGUAUCACAGAGGAGUGUCCUGUCGCCAUUAUCCUGCUCAUUGUGCAGCUUGUCAUCACCAUGGUGAUGGAGAUCUUCAUCACCGGCACUUUUCUUGCAAAGGUUGCUCGUCCCAAGAAGAGAGGUGAGACCGUGAAGUUUAGUCAACACGCUGUCGUGUCGAACCACGAAGGUCGUCCCUGCCUCAUGAUCCGAGUAGCGAACAUGCGUAAAAGCCUUUUGUUAGGAUGUCAGGUGACGGGGAAGUUGCUCCAGACGUCUUUAACAAAGGAGGGUGAGACGGUGCGGCUUGAUCAGCGCAACGUGCCUUUUCAGGUGGACACGUCCAGUGACAGCCCCUUCCUCAUUAUCCCCCUGACCUUCUACCACAUCAUUGACGACAACAGCCCUCUUCGAGCCUGGGCAUCUAAAGGUGGUGGCUGGACAGAUCCAGAGCUGGCUGACUUUGAGCUCCUGGUGAUCAUGAGUGCCACAAUCGAGCCGACCUCAGCCACCUGCCAGGUUCGAACAUCUUACCUUCCGGACGAGAUCCUCUGGGGCUACGAGUUCCCCCCCGUUGUCUCCCUGUCCGCCGCAGGGAAAUACGUGGCUAACUUUGCCUUCUUUGACAAAGUGGCCAAAACUAAAACGCCACCCCUGUUCAAGCGGGCACCGAGCCCGCCAUCACAGGCGCCGCGCUACCCCAACGGCAAGGAGGACGGGACGGACGCGGAGAAGAUGAGACUGGAAGAGAGCUACAGAGGAGAGGAGAGGGGACGAGAGAGGGGACGCAUCAGAGAUAGCAGCCCACUGAGUGUGCGUAUUAGCAAUGUCUGAGGGAGGAGAGACAGGAAGCGAUCACGGAAAGUUGAUAUGAAACUGAGAUAAAGAGAUAGAACACAAGCUUCUCAAGAGAAGAAGAGUUUGAUUCUCACUCACACUCACAAACACAACACGCUGCCCACCCACAUUCAAAUUGUGGGACACUCGGCAGGAAAUGAAGCAUCUGGGCAACUUUUCACUACACACACACACACACACCCCUAAGAGAAGAAACUGAAAAUGGCUGCAGCUGAACAUCAGAGGGAGCAAAAUUGACAAAUGUACAGCACAACAUCAUCAAUGUAGAAGUUUAUUUUUACUUUUUGUGUUAAAAAAACAAAAAAAAAAAAACAGAACCAUAUCAGGUCCUUUGUCAUGUGUAGAACUUUUUUUUAUGACUUGAAUUAUUUUUCUUUAUUCCCUGAACCAGGCCUGAUUAUGACAGAAAUGAUAUAAGGGAACUUUUUUGGGGAAACAUAGAAGGGGAACUUAUUACAGACUAUUAAUAAAAUACCUACAAAAGUUCUCAAGAAAAUACUGGAAACUGUAUUAUUUUUAAUUUUAAAGGGAUAUUAUCAUACUGUAGUAUUCUAACAACAUUAUGUGUUCCACGUGAAAAUAUUCUUUGAUAUGAACAUUGUUGCUUAUUGGGUACGUAUAUAUUUAGUAAUACUAAAAGCACUUUAACUUAAGAGAAAAGUGGCAUUUCACACUACGUGAGUAACUGAACUAACUUUGAAUCUUAAUGCACUGUAUGAAAUAAUUGUAUUUGUGGUCAUGUUUGGUUUCACGAGUGUCUGUUCAUGCUUGUAAAUGAGGAACUCUGUGAGUGUGACAACAUUGUGCAUAUGAACUGUUUAAAGUACCUCCGUACAGCGUGUGAAGAUAUUUUAUUUCCCACAUCAUUGUCGCUCUCACGUCCCGACAACUCUGCAUUUUCCCACUUAUACUAAAAGUGCCAGUGAAUUUCGCUAAUCGACUACUUUAAAAAUGGCAUAAUUUUUUAACAAAAAAAAAAAGUGAUCUUCUUAUUAUGCAUCGUAAAUGAUGACUUAAAUUACAUCGCGGCACGUUUUGAGGCAGGUCGUAUAAUUUGCCUUUAAUCGUCGUCUUAAUUGAUCUUAUUUUGGAGUGUUUUUGUUUGAAUGACAUGAAGCAAAGUUUUAGUUUUUGAGGGAAUCGAGGAUUUGCGUUCAUUGCUAUAAGAAAUUGAUUAUGAAUAAAGUGCCACACUUCAAACCCUCUGCUCUUCAUAGAAGCCCAGUGAUCCAAUAUUCAAAAUAACUGAUACUGUUUCAGAUUCAGAUAUUUCAGAGAGGUUGUACUUUUUCUUUUUUAAACUGCAUUGCCUGCACUGUGUACUGUAUAUGGCUCACUCUGAAUACUGUAAGUUCACUCUCCUGACUGCUAAUGUACCUUUAAGUGCCUUCUUUAAUAAAUUUGAUACAUUUACAA